CGGUCUUCCAGGCAGUUCACUGAAGGCCCACCAGGCCCUAAGAAGAAAACCAGAUCAAUUGGCUCUACAGUGGAUCAGGGAAAUGAAUCCAUAGUAGCAAAGACAACUCUCAUGGUCCCCAAUGACGGUGGCCCAAUCGAAGCUAUCUCUACUAUCCAGACUGUGCCUUACAGUGUGAGAAGCCGCAGGAAGAGUGGUCCUUUGCAGCCUUGGAGCAGUGAGUCGAGCAUGGGUAGUAAGCAGCUGGAAUCCAAACUGGAGACUGACGGCUCUGCCACUCCACAGAGCAAUGGGGGAGUGAGGCUGCAUGAAUUUGUUUCAAAGACGGUUAUCAAGCCAGAAUCGUGUGUUCCAUGUGGAAAGAGAGUAAAAUUUGGAAAAAUCUCUCUGAAGUGCAGAGACUGCCGUGUGGUCGCUCACCCAGAGUGUCGGGACCGCUGUCCUCUUCCCUGUAUCCCGACCUUGACAGGGACUCCUGUCAGAAUUGGAGAGGGGACCUUGAUGGACUUUGUCCCUUCUACUCCUCCAAUGAUCCCUUCCAUCAUAGUGCACUGUGUUAAUGAGAUUGAGCAGCGAGGGCUGCAUGAGAUGGGCCUUUACCGGAUCUCUGGCUGUGACAAGACAGUAAGGGAGCUGAAAGAGAAGUUUCUUAGAGCAAAAAAUAUUCCUUUGCUCAGUAAAGUGGAUGAUAUCCAUGCUAUCUGUGGCCUUCUCAAGGACUUCCUACGCAGCCUGAAAGAACCCCUUCUCACUUUCCGGUUAAACAAGACUUUUAUGGAAGCUGCAGAAAUCUUGGAUGAGGACAACAGUGUCGCUGCUAUGUACCAAGCAGUUGGUGAACUUCCUCAGGCUAAUAGGGACACUCUAGCUUUCCUCAUGAUCCACCUGCAGAGGGUGGCUCAGAGCCCAGAGACUAAAAUGGACAUUACCAACUUGGCCAAAGUCUUUGGCCCCACGAUAGUGGCCCAUGCGGUACCUGAUCCUGACCCUAUGACACUCCUACAAGACACUAAGCGGCAACCCAAGGUAGUGGAGCGACUUCUGCUGCUGCCUAUGGACUACUGGAGCCAGUUGAUGAUGGCGGAACAAGAAAACAUUGACCCAGCACACGUAAUUGAGAACGUCAAUGCCUGCUCCACUCCACAGACACCAGAUGUUAAAGUGAGCAUGCUUGGACCCCUCACUACUCCGGAACAGCAGCUCUCCAAGACGCCGUCGUCUAGCUCCCUGUCCCAGAGGGUCCGGUCUACCUUCAGCAAAACCACCCCCAAAUUUGGGAGCAAAAGCAAGUCAACAACCCAGCUUGGGCAUCAGGGCAACUUCUUUGCCUCUCCUAUGCUGAAGUGAAGUGGACCUGGGAGUUAGUGUCGUCCUAGCAUUUGCACACCAAUAUGCAUGAGUACAGUAAAUGCAAGUCCUCUCCGUGGCCCUUGGCAGCUUAUGUAAUAAGAUAUUUUUCCUUCUAUCUUUCAGCUUAACUGAGAUUUUUAAUGGGAUUUUAUUGUGCAAUGUAUUUUUAUUAUCUAAUGCUGUGCUGAAUUUAGUAUUGGUGAAGAAAGUAACUAGCAGGAUUUGUUCAAAGCGUUAAUAAAAAACUGCUAGAGGAACUCGCUGACACUUUUCGGUAGCAUCCGGUCUUCUACCCAUAUG